GGCAUUUAGAGAAUUCAGCAUAAUCAGAUUACUUUUGCACUAAUCCAUAAUCUAUGUUGAGAUUAAUUAUACUUUGGUAAUUCCAAAUUGAAGCAGCUCAAUAAUUAUAACUCUAACCUUUACAUAGAACAAUGUUUCAACCCAACAAAGGUUAACCUAUCAGACUUUACGGAGGCUAUAGAUAUAAUGUAAGAGAAAAUGAGAUGGCAAGCAGUGUUAUCAAAGUAGGAGAGGGAAAUGGAGGGGUGGUUAUGUUCUCUAUUGCUAUAACUAAUUAACGAUAGGGGUAAAAGAAAGCAUUGUUUAAUUUGGGAAAGAGUUGGGCAAACAAGAAAGUGAGUAGAUUGUGUCAGAUUGGCGUGCGUAAUAGUGUAGCCAAUACUAAGAGGAGAGAAGAAAGGGAUAUAUGUAAUUAGAGAUUGGAGGAGGAUGUUUCUUAACACCUUUAUUUGCUCAAAAAAGAAGCCACUCCCCACUUUCCCGUUUCAGCCUGAUACACACUUAAAAAUACAGCUUGCUAUUUUGUAGAGGAGUAAUUAGUUAGUCUUCUGUACUGGGAUUUCUGAGAAAUAGUGGUGGUGGGGACGCAAAAUCAAAUCUCAAGUGUUUGGAAACAUUCUUUAGAUUGGCUUUUUGUGAAUACACGGUGUUGCUUUGGUGGCUGGCAAAGAUUUAGCGACAACUCAUCUUUUUAUUGGUCCUUCAACAUCAUUGGUGAAAGAGGAGCAUUGAAUAGAGGAAUGUGGAUUCUGGUGUUUGCUUUUUCAGAGAAAGCACGGGAAGUUGUUUAAAUAUUUAUAUAUUAGCACCAGGAGUGAAGGGAUAAACAAUUAGAGGAAGGGCGGUGGUCUCAGUGGUGAGCAUGUGGCAUUAACACUGGUUUUGAGAGCUCAAAUUUUGCAUUUUUUGAGGUAUUGAGUCGGUUGGUCAAAUAUCUUGGACUGGCCUUUUGUGGUUGAGUUUACAACUAGAAUCAGUAAACAAGCCAACUCUCUUCCUUCUUGAAACCUUGUGAAGUUUGGAAAUAUAGCACUUUUGGUUUAGAUACUUUGAACACCAAGAUGAAGUUUAUGAAACUUGGAUCCAAGCCUGAUCAGUUUCAGACAGAAGGAGAUAAUAUCAGGUAUGUAGCAACCGAAUUGGCAACUGAUAUGGUCAUUAAUGUUGGAGAUGUAAAAUUUUAUGUCCACAAGUUCCCACUUCUGUCCAAGAGUGGUCGCUUGCAGAAGCUGGCCACACAUACAAAUGAGGAAAGCAAUGAUGAAAUCAACAUCCACGAUGUACCUGGUGGACCUGCAGCUUUUGAAAUAUGUGCAAAGUUCUGUUAUGGUAUGACAGUAACUCUGAAUGCGUACAACGUGGUUGCAGCUCGCUGUGCAGCUGAAUAUCUGGAAAUGUAUGAAACUGUAGAGAAGGGUAACCUUAUCUACAAGAUUGAGGUCUUCCUUACUUCUAGCAUCUUCAGGAGCUGGAAAGAUUCAAUCAUUGUUCUCCAAACAACAAAAUCUUUUCUUCCCUGGUCCGAGGAAUUAAAGAUUGUUAGUCAUUGUCUAGACUAUGUAGCAUCUAAAGCUUAUAUUGACACCUCAAAGGUGGACUGGUCGUAUACUUAUAAUCGUAAAAAUCUUCCAUCUGAAAAUGGAAGUGAUCCGCUCUGGAAUGGUGUGAAAAUGCAACAGUUUGUUCCAAGAGACUGGUGGGUUGAGGACCUUUGUGAACUUCACAUUGACAUGUAUAAACGGGUUAUAAAGACAAUAAAAACGAAGGGAGGAAUGUCUCCAGAAGUAAUAGGUGAAGCAUUGAAAGCGUAUGCAUACCGAAGGCUACCGGGAUUCAGCAAGGGUACACUACCAGGAAGCGAUCCUGUGAAGUAUCGGUACUUGGUCGAUGCAAUUACUUCUCUGUUGCCGACAGAGAAAAAUAGUGUUUCUGUUAAUUUCUUGAUCAGAUUGUUACAGACUUCUAUCUCUUUGGAAUGCGGAGAAACAGUAAGAAGUGAACUGAAGAGGAGGAUUGGCUUGCAGCUGGACGAGGCAUCGGUAGCUGACCUCCUCCUUCGAGCCCCAGCUAGUGAAACUACUACAUACGAUAUUGACAUAGUACAUGAGCUUGUUCAACAGUUCCUACUGCAGCAAAGGAGUGGUCAGAGCGAUUAUACUGAAGAUAAUGAAUUUCAGGAGAUGCCCCCUGCAUUUGCAUCAGAUGCUUCCAAGGUUAAGGUGGCAAGGGUGAUUGAUGGAUACCUUGCAGAAGUUUCUCGAGAUCCAAAUCUACCUUUGCCUAAAUUUGUCAAUCUUGCUGAUAUGGUCUCUGGCUUCCCUAGACCUUCCCAUGAUGGAAUUUACCGUGCUAUUGACAUGUACCUUAAGGAACAUCCUGAUAUCACCAAGAGUGAAAGAAAAAGAAUUUGUAAACUAAUGGACUGCCGAAAGCUAUCAGCUGAGGCUUGCAUGCAUGCUGUGCAGAAUGAGCGCCUUCCUUUACGCGUAGUUGUACAAGUGCUGUUCUUCGAGCAAGUCAGAGCAACAACAUCGUCUGGUGGUGGCAGCACUCCUGAACUACAUGGAGCAAUUAAAGCCUUGCUUCCAGGGGAAUCCCAUGGGAGCUCAAGAUCUGCUACGACCAACACAGAAGAGGACUGGGAUGCCGUGGCCACAGCUGAGGAGCUUAAAGCUUUGAAAGGGGAGCUUGCUACUCUAAGGUUGAGGGACAAGGAAAGUAGCAAUGAUAGUAAUUUGAAAGACAUGAAACUGAGUGCCGAAAAGGUGGCUGGUGGCAAAGCAAAGGGUUUAAUCAUGUCCAAGAAGAUCUUCUCAAAACUGUGGUCCAACAAAGAUAGACUAAGUGAGAACAGCAGCUCGGAUACAUCAGAAAGCCCGGGAUCUUCCAAUGCUGGGGAAUCAAAGUCCACCCCAUCAAGAAGUAGGAGGCAUUCCCUGUCUUAAUAUUUCGUUGCAGAUUAACCUGUUCCUCAUAAUUUAAUGUACCCCCUGUUGAUGCUAGGAUUGGGAGAAGUUAAGUCUGCUACUAACCCUUGAAAAGGAAGAGAGAAUUCCCCCAAAAAUUUUGAGCAUUUGAAGAAUGCAUUUUGCAAGGUAGAUGAGCUUGAAACUGAAUUGGAUCCUCUAGUUUAAUAGUUUUUUCAUUGUAUUCAAUUGUUCCCCAAGAGAAAUACAGGUCUCCUCCUUUAUUUAAGGCUCUCUUUUUACAAGAAGAGAAUUGGUUUUAGAUA